CACGGUGUCUGGCUUAAUGGUGGAAUUUCGAAAAAAAAAAAAAAAAAAAGCUCUCAGAGAACGGGCAGGCAGUACUUCACGGGGAUGGGAACACGCGAGUGUAGCCCAGCUCUGCCAGCAGCCUGACAGCCUAUUCCGGCGGAGCGGGCACACGGAGCCGGGACCCGCCGAACCGGAGAGAGGGGCCGACGGACGGGCACACGCCAGCCGACGGGACGCGGCCGGGGGCUGGGGCUCAAAAUGGGAGCGGUGGAAGGAGUUCGGCCGAAGAGCGGAACGUCCGGAUGAAAGUCGCCAAAAAAUGAUGGCACUUCUGGUGUGGCUUGGCCUGUCGCUGCUGGUGGCAGUCCGGUCCAACGCGGUCAAGAACUGCCACCCUGGGUGUCACUGCGAGGUGGAAAGCUUCGGCCUGUUUGACAGCUUCAGCCUGACCAGGGUGGACUGCCGAGGCCUGGGUCCCACCACGUCCAUGCCCGUUCCCAUCCCGCUGGACACCAGCCACCUGGACCUGUCCUCCAACGCCAUGGGCCCGCUCAGCGACUCCAUGUUAGCCGGCCCGGGCUACACCACCCUUGUCAGCUUGGACCUCAGCAGCAACCGUAUCACCAAGCUCAGCCCUAAUGCCCUGUCCAAGCUGCGUUACCUCGAGAGUCUUGAUCUGAGCCACAACAACCUGGAGAGCCUCUCACCAAGCUGUUUCUCCGGGCUCCCGCUGGCCGAAGUGGAUCUCAGUCACAACGGCUUCCGGGAGUUCGACAUGGACGUGUUCGCUACAAAAGUGAACGGGGAGCCCGUCACCGUGGACCUGUCGCACAACGGGCUGGUGUCGGUGUCCACUACGCUGCACGGGAAGGCUUUGCACAUUCAGAGCGUAAACCUGUCGGCCAAUCAUCUGAGGAGUGUGCCAAGCCUGGCUGGACUCUCACUGAGGUAUCUCAAUCUGGACGGCAACCCCAUCCCACGAAUCCGAGAGGGAGCCUUUUCCCAGCUGAAAGACCUGGCUUAUUUGUCCCUCAGUGGCCUCCAGGAACUGCAGGAAAUUGAGCCGAACAGCUUCAAGGGCCUUCAGAGCCUCCAAGUUCUAGAUCUUUCCAACAACUCCAAUCUCAAGAGUUUGAGCUCCCUGGUGUUCAGUGGGCUGGACUCCCUGCAGGAGCUGAAUUUGUCGGGCUCCGGCGUGGCGUCCUUGCCAACCACCAUGCUGAUUCACCUGCCGAAAGUGAAAAGCAUCACGCUGGGAGAGAACAUCCACUGCUGGAGAACCCAGAAGCAGGGACAGUUCCACCGGCAGAUCGGCCAGGUCCAGCACGAUGAGGUGCUGAACUGUAACACGGAGGGCAUUGUGUUUUAAGACUGUGCCUGUGGAAACGGACCACUUCCCGCAGUCUCCUCCUCCUAUUCCCGUGCCUUUAUAUAGAAAACAGGCUUCUGAGUUGCCUUCACUUGCCUAAUUCUGUUCCAAGGAGAUGCUGUGGGCUAUACCUGAAAAGGUUUAUUUAUAGCCUUUUUUUUAAGAACUGCUUAAACACAGUGACUUAUUCUCUGUAUGUCUUAACGUACUAAUUUGUUAGAAAAUUGUAUGAAUCCUGUCAUACAAUCAAUACCCUUAAGUGUUGGACUCAUGUUCUUGCGUUUCAUAUGACCAUUUCAAAGUCUUACUUGCACUUUCUUUGAUAAUGCAUCUAAACUUGUGAGAUGACAUGCCUCUGUACUCCGUGCUCGCUCACAGAUACUGAAUAACAUCUGACCGCGGAGAGCUCGCGUUUGACUUUAGAUUUGACGGACAAAAAGACUGAAGUCAGAGGAGUAUCUUCAGAAGCCCGGUGCCAUUCUCAUUUCCAAUCCGUUCACUGUUCAAGCUACAGCAAAAACCUUCUUAGGUUAGCACAAAGAGUCAUUUAGUCUGCCUUUUAAUGAGUUAACGAUUUGCAUCUGGUUAGUUGAAUCUAUGCAGAUCGCUAGCAGAGUUAAAGUUGAGCAUCUCCAGGACUUGUGUGUGUGGAGAGGGGGAAGGGGGACUUUACCCAGUGUUUGGGUUGAUUUUUAGAAUUCUAACCGUUGCUUUUUUCACAUAUAUGCUGUGACUUAUCUGUGAAAAAACGACAACUUGUUAACCAGAUGUUCCUCUUUGUUUGUUAACACGUGCCAAACAGAAGGCGUUGAGUGUAGUGCCCCCCACUCGAAGCAGCAAGCCGGUGUCAAACGUUCUGCUGAAUGACGCUGGCAAGUGGCUAGUCUGGUUGAACCAGCCUGCUCCAUGUGCAUGAACCUUCUCGCCUUCCCGUGCCGUCAGCGCCUUAUUAGCAGUGCUUUACCUCGUAACCCCCAUGCCACUUUUCUCUUUCACAUGACAGUGAGAAUGCAAUGACGGCACAUUAGCCCCUGCUCAACGGACAAGGGAAAAGACCCUAAUGUAUUCAUCAUUUCCAGUCGCACAGUACCACUUUGUGGGUUGAGAUCGAUUGAAAAGCAGUGAGAUAUUCAUAGCUAUAAUUUAUAUGUUGAUUAAUGAAAGCAAAACAGCUCUUUUCUGAGUGAGCAUAUGCAUUCCGACGGAUGGGAUCUUCUGCCACAAGGUCCACCCUGUUGUACGGUCACCCAGAGGGAGCAGCUUUUCUCAGAAGCUUGCAGACGUCAUGUUCAGUAUUUAUGCAGUCUGCCAUCCCACCUCUCGAUGUGACCAAAUCACAGACAUUGCUCCUUUAUGGAUUUAUUUAAGUACAUCUGCUGGCAAAAGUAUCACCAAAAAACUAUUAUGUUUAAAUUCCGAUUAAGCCUUGUUGUUACACAUGUGGAGGCUCCAUUUUCUUAUUUCCAUUAACUGGUCAGUUCACAUCUGUCAAACCUGGCAUAAUCUUAUCAGUUAUUACAAUGUUAUACUGAUAAAAAACUCAGCUUUCCUAAAACUCAAUGCAAAUUCUGUGCUGUGUUUGACAUUAAACUGCAUGAGUAUCCAAGUCAUUCUCCAGUUGAACAUGAUUAUUUUUUGUUAUCAGGUCGAGCAGAACCAAAUAAAGUGUGACAGCUUCUCACAUAUUUAUACAGAAUUGACAUUUGUAAGUGUUGACAUUUCUUUUUUUUUUCUGAAUAGUGUUGACAUUUCAAGUCCAGGUUGUACAUGUUUAAACUUUCCUCUGCAUUCCUGUAUGUCAACGGGAUCGGAGCGGGCCUGCACGUCAGGUUUUUUGACUGUGAACAGUCUU